GGCGUUCGUGGAGCAGCACCGACGUGGGCCCUGCCAGGUGCUGGUGGCUGGUUGAGGAGCAGAGCAUGUUGAGUGGUUGCGGUUGCCAUGGAGCUGCAGGAUAAGAAGCGGGAGGAGGAAGCUGUGACUCUGGGCCUGUCCACUGGGCAGGCUCUGGCCAAGCUGCGGGACCAGCUCAGCAGCCUGCUGGAGCAGCACCAAAGGCCUGAGCGCAGGCGAGCCUCCGCACAGGUGUGUGCACAGGAACAGUGGGUACAUAGCUUUCUUUACCAUGGCAACCGUCACUCCUGUCUCCACUGGCCGGGAGCUGCCCUCACUCUACUGGUGGUGCUGGGACUACUCUGUUGCUACGGCAGCCAGCCAAGGGGCAGCUCUGGCAUCGAGCUAAUGAACGCCGCAGCCCUGCUCCUCCUCUUCCUGCUCAACCUGCUGCUGGUCGGACGUCAGGAGCGGCUGAAGAGGAGCGAGAUGGUCCGGCGUCUCAACAGCAUCAUCACACAGCUCAGCGACUACCUGUCAGGUUGCGUGGGUGAAGUGCGGUGGUCCCCAUCACUGUACCCGGAUCUGUACACGCCCUCGUCCACGUCGUGGUCCCUUCACUGGACCUACCGGGACUCCCAGUUGGUUAACCUCCCCAUCAGUCUGCUGGUAGAAGGAGACAUCAUUGCGCUGAGGCCCGGCCAGGAGUCGUUUGCUUCCCUCAGGGGCAUUAAGGAUGACGAGCACAUUGUGUUGGAGCCAGGAGAUUUGUUCCCCCCGUUCUCCCCUCCUCCUUCCCCACGGGCCAAUGAAAAGAGAGGGCCGCAGAGCCCCCAGCAACACCGUCUCUUCAGAGUGGUACGGACUCCAGUGCUGGACAUAGUCAGGAACAGUUUGGAGUUGGCGUUGGCUCGACCGAUCACAGUGCUGGAUAAUGAGAGGUUCACAGUGCAGCUGGUGAUCACCAAGUUAGUCUGUCCAGUCGUUCUGGCGGCAUUCCUGGUGGUGAACACUGUUCGCUAUUUUUGUGACGCACCCAGCCUCACCCCUCCUUGCUACAAUUUCUUUCAACUUCAGUUGAUGGGAGUUCUGCCCAUCUUGCCCUUGCUCUUCCCCGUCAUGUGGGUGCUGUUGAAUGCCUUCGGAGAGGCCAGGGUCCUCGCCGAGUUCAGCCGCGCAUCGCCAGCUGGUCUGGUGAGGCACGCACAAAGUAAAAAUCUUGCUAAGUUCUCUGAGGAUACUCUCAGCAGCUACACCGAAGUGGUUUCCUCCCAGGAGUUGCUGCGUUGUGUGUGGAGACACCUGGUUGGCGUCCUGAAGGGAGAGUCUCAGACACUCUGUUAUACUUCCAGCCUUUUACACACUCUGGGAUCCGUCACUGUGCUGUGUUGUGUGGACAAGCAAGGCCUCCUGUCGUGGCCUAACCCCAGUCCGGAGACCGUGCUGUUCUUCAGUGGACGAGUGGAGCCGCCUCACAACAGCCAGGACGAUCUCAGAGACGACCUGUCUGUCAGCUCCUACUGCCGGAUGGAGAUCGAUGAGGAUAGGGAUGAGGCCCAGGAGGCGGAGGCUCUGCUCUGUCUGCCAGCAGAGUCCUCUGCCCAGCUGGGGGAGGGCCCUGAGCCCAGUGAGACGUCGCACGACACGGCCCGCUCGACCGACACGUCCCGGCUGCGGCGUGCCUGCCAGCCAGCGCACACUCGCAUCAAACACCACUCGGGGUCCAACGUGAGCUUCAGCCACGACACCGAGGGAGGCGAGGAUGACCAGGCCCAGGACUUUGGGAUGGGCUGCCCGGACGCGGAGGCGGACGACUUUGUGUGCGAUUACCACCUGGAGAUGCUGAGCCUGUCGCAGGACCAGCAGAACCCGGCCAGCAUCCAGUUCGAUGACCUCUCCUGGCAGUGCCACCUGCCGUCCCUCAAGCCGCUGGGCCUCAACAUCAUGCUGAACCUCUGCAACGCCAGCGUCACGCAGCAGCUCUGCCGCUUCUCCGACCACCUGUCCAACCUGGCCCUGCAGGAGAGCCACGGCACAGUGCUGCCCGUCUGCGUCCCCUGGGGACUCUGCGAGCUCUCCAGGCUCAUAGGGUUCACUCCUGGUGCGAGGGAGCUGUUUAAACAGGAGAACCACUUGGCGUUGUACCAGCUGCCAUCAGGAGAGAAGACCAAGGAGUUAACUUCCCGCCACCUUCAUUACUUCACCAAACGUCAGCCUCCAAUCUCGCAUCUUAUCUCCCUGUUUGUGCAAGACUCUUCCUCCAAUAACGUCCAGAUGCUGUCGCAUGGCUCAGCCGACCUCAUCCUGGAAGCCUGCACCGACUUCUGGGAUGGAACCGAUAUCUAUCCCCUCUCAGGCUCAGACAGAAAGAAGGUUCUGGACUUCUACCAGCGUGCCUGUCUGUCCGGUUACUGCUCAGCGUUUGCCUACAAACCCAUGCAAGUCUCCUUGUCUGGCCAACUGAAUGGGAAGUGCGUAGAGCUGGCCCCUGGCCCCUGCCUCUUCUCCGGGGUGGAGCUGCCCUCCACCACCCCCAUCAAACACAACUCCUGUAGAAACAGCUGGAGCUCCGACGAGGGUAUAGGUGAGGGUGUGGAGCGCGAGGACUGCGUCCAGGCCCUCAGUGGGCAGAUCUUCAUGGGCAUGGUAUCCUCCCAGUUCCAGGCGAGGCUGGACACGGUCCGGCUCAUUGAUGCCCUCGUCACCGCUUGCAUCCGGUUUGUUUACUUCUCCAUGGAGGAUGAGCUCCGCAGCAAGGUCUUUGCAGAGAAGAUGGGUCUAGAGACCGGCUGGAACUGUCACAUCUCUUUGACUCCAAACGGAGAGAGUCCCUGUGACGGCGCUCCGUCCAGCCCCGGUCAGGGCUCCCUACGUGAAGACCUGAACCAAGAUUCCCGGGACGAAGCAGAAGGUCCGCUGCUGCCGGAAGAGGAGGCCCACUCUGACCUGGCCAGUUUCCAGCCCACAGACAGCGACGUGCCCAGCUUCCUGGAGGACUGCAACAGGGCCAAGCUACCUCGUGGCAUCCACCAGGUCCGUCCUCAUUUGAAGAACAUCGAUAAUGUGCCUCUUUUGGUGCCGCUCUUCACAGACUGCACCCCCGACACCAUGUGUGAGAUGAUAAAGAUAAUGCAGGAGAACAGGGAGGUUACAUGCUGCCUGGGAAGCUCCGCCAACUUCCGCAACAGCCGCCUGUUUCUACAGAGUGACCUCAGCAUCGCUCUGGACCCUCUGUACCCCUCUCAGUGUUCGUGGGAGACGUUCGGCUACGCCACCGGGGGAGGAUUUAGCGACCGAGACGCCGAAGGUCUGUCUCCUCUGAGGCUCUCGGGACAGCUCAACAGUCUGGGCUGCUCCGUCACCUUCCACCAAGGAGAGAGCGUCAGCAUGGUCAAGCUCAUCGAGCAGGCGCGACACACGACCUACGGCAUCCGCAAGUGCUUCCUUUUCCUGCUGCAGUGUCAGCUCAGUCUGGUCAUCAUCCAGUUCUUAGCCUGUCUAGCUCAGCUUCCCCCUCCCAUGAACACCACUGACAUCCUCUGGCUGUCCUGCUUCAGUUGCCCACUGCUAAGCGUGUCGUUUUUGGGGAAGCCGCCCGACAGUUUAGCCAUGACGGUUGCCACAGGGAAGAACUUAGACGCGAUCCCAAGGAAGACCCAGAACUACUUCCUCGGCUGUUUCCUGUUGAAGUUUGGCAUGACGGUGUGUGCCUACCUGUUGGCCUUCGGUUUCACUCUCCAGGAGGUCUGCUGCAGAAGCAGCAACUCCAGCACAGCUGACAACACCACUCACGUAUAUAUACUCGCAGCCAGCUCUUUAGUUGACGCUCCUCACUGGUUCGGCGAGCUGUCCAACGGUCUGCUGCUGACUCAGAAGGUCAUGGCAGGGUUCCUCGUCUUACACACAGUGGUGAUCUCCCUCAGUUACGUCCACCGGUCUCAACCUCUGUGGAGAAAGAAUCCCUUCAGCAAUACCUGGUGGUGUCUCACUGUACCUGUGGUUCUGCUAAGCCAGCUGGUUCAGGCCACAGUGGAUUACCAGUUAUGGCGUGACCGGGACAGCCGCCUGGCCUUUAACCUUGGUGACAUACCCCUGAUGGCGUGGCUGCUGGUCUCUCUGUCCCCGCUACUGGUGGUGAUGGUCAACGAAGUGGUGAAGCUACACGAGAUACGGGUGCGAGUUCGCUACCAGAAGAGACAAAAGCUGCAGUUUGAAACAAAGCUGGGGAUGAAUUCUCCAUUCUGAGGCAGUUGUGGCAAUACUGGGAACCAUUAGUUCUGCAAACCAGGGAAGGGCAGAAUGCAAAGACUGCAGAACCGUACAUUAACACUUCAGCACCAACAGCAUUGCAACCAUCAGGUGGAGUCGAUAUAAUAUGUCAUGGUGGGGGCUGGAUGACGCAAAUGUUUAAACUCCUGGGUCUGAAAAUCCCAAAGCAUUCAUUUCCAUUUAAUAGAAAAGAGCCAAAAAUAGGCAACUAUUUAUUGUCUGGUUUUAGUUAGUUUUAACGGCAUGAGGAAUGUUUUCUGAAGAGGUUUAUGCUUUCUUACUAUCACUUCCGUUCUCCAUUUCUGAGAGACUUUGUGCAUGGCCCCAAAACAAAGGAUGUUUCAGUGACGUUCAUUUGUAAUGUCAGCCAAUGAGAACCGUGUCGUAAAUAGGCCGGUCCAAUCGUUAUUCACGAGAAGGAAAGUAACAAUGAAGUGUUCAAUAUUAAAUAAACAAAUGUUAUAUUAUGAAAUAAAUAAGUCAAUUAUGUAAGAUAUGUAAAAAAAAUUAUUUAAUUAAUUAUCCAAGAUACUAUUAAAUUCGUUUUCUUUUGCAACCAUUUACUUUUUCCACUUUUGAUGGCAGUGGUGUCACCCUCACAGCAAGUCACAUGCCUUCUGCCUCUUAAGCUAACAAACUCAACGACAGCAACAAUAUUUAGCCCGGUAAAUCCUGCUAGCUAAAACAAGAAUGUCAAAACCCGAUCCGUGUGCUGUCAGCAGUACCUGGACACAUAAACACUGCACCUGCUACUUACCUAUUCAGCUAACUGGUUGUGGGCUUUAUUAAGUGAAGAGACGGUGUUAGCGGCAGCAGCUAACGUCAGCUUGUUAAUUCAUAGUUACUUCUGCCACAGUUUCCACCUAAAGGUGUUCCCCGAAAAGGGAUGCACAACGCGCUGAGCGACAAUUAACCGACACCGCUAACACCACUUUGAUGCUGGCUAAUAAACAGAGCUCACAGGCUACCGGCUCACAGGCUACCGGCUCACAGGCUACCGAGCCAGCUGCAUGAGAAGUCUCGUAAAGCUAAUUCUUUGAAGCUGAAGAGGUUUAGUGUCUGUUUAUAUACAGCAGCAGCCUCGAGUUAGAUCAUUCACAACUACUGUCCUUUGAUAUUGUUGACGUUCUAGCUAACGGAAGAUAACAGGAACUGAAUGAGAGGGCAGUGACGACACCACUGUUCUGAAAAGUCACCAAAAACUGGGGAAAAAUGCCCUGAUAGAGUAAUGGUAGACUUUUGAAUAUAUAAUAUCUAUAAUGAAAUACAAAAGAUUUCCAAUAAAAUUCUGUUCAUUUUUUAUUAUUAGUAAUUUUGGUUGAUAUUUUAAACAAUGUCUUCCUUUGAUUAUUUAUUUCAUACUGUCUUUUUUGUAUUCAUUUAAUAUUGCACACUUUGGGGCUCCAUAUGUGGUGUUGCUUCAUUGCUUGGCAUUGACAGAAUAGGGUUUAACACUACCUCUGAGAAGAUAUGACGAAGAGUCUUUCCUGAGCUUAUUUUCCAUCAUUCAGCCUUUGAGCCAAAUGGCUCGAAGUGUGAAUGUGCGGUUGACAAUGUUGCCAAUUAUUUGAUUUGCGUUUCGCAACAAACGCUGCGUUGUUGUUUUUCUAAAUUCCCGAGCUAAGCUGAGCCUGUCGCAACACGAGGACCGAAGAUUACGGAGUCAUUUGGAUCAGUCGCGUUUUCUACAUGCGUAUCUGCAUUAAAAUAUUUACUUUGUACACAUCUAUCGAACUGAAGAAUGUGCCGGCAUGCUACCGUGAACGCACGCCGCCGCCUGUGCAGCGGUCGCAGCAAGUCUCUCCCAUAAAGCGAUAGAUUUGCUGGAUACAUAACGAUGUUUGUUCUGGUUGUGCUAAUGUUCCAGAGCUUUCUGAAAGGUGCUUUGUAUCAUUCAGUCGCCUUUGUUCUCAGCCUGUCUGGCUGGUUCAGCUCGCAGCGCUUGGACAGACAUGAGCUCAUGAUGUUUGUUUUAAACUUUUUAAAAAAUGAAUAUUUCAGUAAAUUUCCCCAAUUACUCCAUAGACAAUAUUUGAUCUGCUGACCGUAAUAUUCCAUAUCCUUGGAUUCCUUUCCUGAUCCUCCUCGAGUGUCCCCACUCAUCUACUGUGUUGAGGCCUUUCAAUUCCUACAGUUCCUGUAAUGUGCAGCAUCAGCAGACGUCUGUAUCACUGACGGUCUAUUUCAAUCAGACCAGCCUUCUUUGUGGUGCUGUCAUAAUUUCAGAUGGACACGGCUUUUGAUAUUGCUUCUGUAUACAAGUGGGAUGAUGGUAUGACUUGGUAAUAAAUUACUUAAGAACUAAAUACCAUGAUUUUAUGCCACUCAUAAUAGCUUAUCUUUAUACAAAUAUUAAGCAAUGAAAGUAAUUAUUGUCAGUGCUGGAUUAACUGCUAGGAGGUAUCGGGGCAAACAUGAGUCAAUUGAUAUUUAUACUAAUAUUGUGAUAUCAAAUUAUAUAUACUGUAAUGUAGGAUUUCUUUUCUUUUCUCCAAAUUUGUAUUUUUGCGGAAAUCAAGUCACAUUUACAUAUUGUUAAAUUUCGUAUUCCCUUUUUAAAAUCUUUUGGUCCGACAGAAAUAAUUAGCCCUUUGCUAAGUCCCGCCCUCCAACGCAGACUGGCCAAUUGUAGUGUAGCAUUGGCCAGCUCCGACCAGGGUCCGGCUGUGGUUAAUAAACUGUCGUGCAGUCAUUUCCGAUUUGGUUCAGUGGAUUUGGAGCUCGUCGGGGUCAGACGUUGUAGAAUAGUGACACUCGAUACCCAGAAAGGUUGGAAGAAGACGAUUGUUUACUGAAUGUGAACACGGGCUGCUUUAGCUUUGGAAUGAUUGUGAAUAAAGUCCUAACCGGCUUUACAGGAACUGUUGCGUCUCGAUCACCAUGGAGAUGUGGUGACUCCCUUUGACACUGUAAUGUGUGGGCUUUAGCCUCUAGCUUUAUCUUUUGAACUUGUUCGACAUCCUGGAUACAUCCCUUUCAACACAUUGUAGACCCUUCUGUCUGCUUCUCGCUGAAAUCGCUUUCUUGUUCUCCAAAAUAUUAGAUAAUAGUUAUUCCGGGAGGACAUUUAGUGGCAGUGUGGAAAGUAAAGGAAGUGUCAAUUGUGAUGAGCGUUUUAUCAAUAUCGUUUACCCUAUUCUAAAUAACUGUCUAGACACUUACAGACUAAAUCUGAAGAUGGCGUCAAACAUGAUUGGGACUUGUGACCUCAUUAUCUUUAGUAUCUUGGCUAUGGCUCCGUUUAAACCUCUGCUAGCCUGUUUUAGUGAAUACAUCACUACAAAUGCUCAUUUAAGAUCCACAUUUAAAGUGUUUGUGUGUACGUGAAGAGGUACAAGUCAACAGUUUGGUGUUACGCCACUGCUCGCCAUCACUCUGACUGGACAGCGUAGUCCGCAUGGAACGACUGAAGGUGGUUUUUAAAGACGAUAAUCACAAUGCAAGAAAACAUUUAUGGUUUUUACAUUAUUAUUUUUAUUUUUUUUAUCGGCCCUGUUUCAUACUUGUGUUUUGACGUCAUGACACACACAUAUGGACUAUGCUGCAUGAAUAAGAUCCAGUGAAUGCUCUGUCGUGAUCGGUGUACACGUUGUCUCUAGUUCUACUGUUUAGUUCACAACACAAGAGGACUUGACUCUACCAAGCCUCAGGUACAACCUGCAGAGCUGAUGACAUCAUCACGCACAUGCUCGGAGCUGAAGCUUCUGUCACUUGAUUUGUAGGGUGGGAUGGGAUAGGGGGGGGGGUGAUGGACUAUGAUAUAGUUGUUCACGAGAUACAUAAAUGUAUAUUUUGUAUUUUUUAAAGUGUCUAUGUUCAGGACUUUGACAAAUUUGUUUGUGUAUUGAUUAUGUCAUGUUAAUAAAUACACUUUUAUUUAUGA